AGAAUGUUGUUGGUUGUGCUACUGUUUGUAGGAGUUGGAGAGAGAUCAUGAAGGAGAUCGUUAAGAGGCCUGAGAUUUCCGGGAUGUUGACUUUCCCAAUUUCUGUCAAGCAGCCUGGACCUAGAGAAUCUCUUCUCCAAUGCUUUAUAAAACGGAAACGGUCUACUCAAACAUAUUUCCUUUUCCUUAGUUUGACUCAAGCACUUGCUGAUGAUGGAAAGUUUCUUCUUGCUGCUCGCAAGUUUAGACGCACCACAUGUACGGAUUACAUCAUCUCAUUACAUGCUGAUGACAUGUCAAAAGGGAGCAAUAGAUAUAUUGGAAAAUUAAGGUCAAACUUUUUGGGAACAAAGUUUAUUGUAUAUGAUGGUUUGCCACCUCAUGAUGGAGCUAAAAUGACAAAGAGUCGUUCCACAAGAUUUAUGGGGUCCACUCAGGUUUCCCCUAGAGUUCCUGCUGGAAGCUAUCCAGUAGCUCACAUCUCAUAUGAGUUGAACAUGUUGGGAUCCAGGGGUCCAAGAAGAAUGCAAUGCAUCAUGGAUCCAAUUCCAAGUUCUUCCAUUGAAGCUGGAGGUGUGGCCCCCACACAAACCGAAUUCCCCCUUUCCAGCGGUGAAUCUUUUCCUUCAAUUCCAUUCUUUCGUUCAAGAUCAAGCUGUGUGGAAAAAACCUUAACCACCAGUCAAAGUCAAAGUCAAAGUCAAAGUCAAAGUCAAAGUCAAAGAGACGGACCUCUUGUUCUAAAAAACAAAUCUCCAAGAUGGCAUGAACAGCUUCAAUGUUGGUGUUUAAAUUUUCAAGGGCGUGUCACGGUUGCUUCAGUGAAAAACUUCCAGCUGGUAGCCACACCGCCAGCUGGACAAUCGGGCCCACAAUACGAAAAAGUUAUUCUUCAAUUUGGGAAAGUAGGGAAAGAUGUUUUCACCAUGGAUUAUCGCUACCCAAUCUCUGCUUUUCAAGCAUUUGCCAUCUGUCUAAGCAGCUUUGACACCAAGAUUGCUUGUGAAUGAGAUAAACACAUGUUACAACCUACAACUUACAACUUUCAAGAACAAAUUUGAUGGGAUUAAAAAAAAAAUAAAAAAAAAACAAAAAAAAAUAAAAAAAUCAUGUAUGAGAUGGAAAUAAAAGAGGUAUGGUAUGGUAUGGUUUCAUGGGGCAUGAAUGUGCAGAUUUGAAGACUCUAUGCAUGCAUUGAUGAAAGUGAGUAGAGGGAAAUUCAAAUAAGAAGCCUCAUUCCAUUCCAAUCGUAAUUGUUAUUGAUGGUGAUGGUGUGGGUUUUCGGUCU